AGGCAGGGCGGAGAGAGAGGCCGGAAGUGGGUUUUUGUAACCCGGAAGGGGAAUCUUUCCCUGGCUGUAUUGUUGUUUUGAAGUUGCUGCUGCUACUGCUGCUAAGGGAACCGUCGCUGAAGAAUGGUGUGCGAAAAAUGUGAAAAGAAACUUGGUACUGUUAUCACUCCAGAUACAUGGAAAGAUGGUGCAAGGAAUACCACAGAAAGUGGUGGAAGAAAGCUGAAUGAAAAUAAAGCUUUGACCUCAAAAAAAGCAAGAUUUGAUCCAUACGGAAAGAAUAAGUUCUCCACUUGCAGAAUUUGUAAAAGUUCUGUGCACCAACCAGGUUCUAAUUACUGCCAGGGCUGUGCCUACAAAAAGGGCAUCUGCGCGAUGUGUGGAAAAAAGGUUUUGGACACGAAAAACUACAAGCAAACGUCUGUCUAGAUGUAUUGAUGAAGUUUCUGGCUUUCUAUCUGAUUUUGCUUUCUACUUUAAAUUUUCAAGGCGUAUCAUAGAUGUUCAAGUUACAGAAUAACAUGUUUUAACACAAUUAAGUUAAAACCAGGGAAUUUGAUUAGUAUUCAUUUUUUUGCUCUCAAGAAGUUCUGAGUAGCAGCAGUGUAAUUAGUCUGCCUUGCGUGCAUCUGAUUAAACCAGAAUAAGUGGCAAAUUUAACAACAAAAAAUAUUGGCCCAGUUCUCUAUGCACUUUUUAUUUAACAUCAUUCACAUAUUCUUAUUGUCCUCUCCCUCUACUUGACUUACAGACAUAGUUUGCUCCGAACUUGGCAUCCAGACUUACACUCUUCGGUCGCUCAUUCCCUUGUUGGUUGCCUAGUUCUUAGAAUCAACAGCACCUUAAUUAAUUGCAGCUUCACAGGGUAUUAAGUACCUGAGACCAUUAUGGCUGAAUGGUUCCUUGGCCCAGACCCAAAUCAAACACAGAAAUUGUAUAUAUGAUUUUCAAAAAUUUGUUCUUGAACCCAUAGUGCUAAUAGUACCUUUCACAUGAGAAUAAGAACACAAGAAAACACCACAUACAUAUCCAAGUGAAUAUACUGGAUUUCAGGAAAACACACGACCUUGAAUUCACACUAUUAUGAAAGCCAAGAGAACAGUGUUUGUUAUGAUGAUAUAAAAUGGAAAUGUAUUACCACUCUUUGAGAAAGCUCUUGGAAGCAAAAAUGAAGCUUGUAAUAUUCUCCACCCCCCAUCCCCCCACCAAAAAAUAAAUAGAAUGAAGCAAACACUUUGAUUCUUAAAAUAUAUGUAUAUAUCUUCAAAGAAAGAUUUUUGUUUCACUACCGUCAGAGGUUCAGGACUUCUGCCUUGGAAACCUGCAGCCUACUAAGGGAGACCAAGGAAGUGUUCCCUAACGUCAAGUUCAUUAUAUAUAAGUACCAUUAUCAAAUGUGUAGAAUAGAUGACGUGAUAUACAUAAUAAUGUUGCAUUUGUAUUCUAAAAUUAUGGAAAAUAAAGUUUUAACUGAUUAUAAGUUUUUUAAAAUAGUGUUUCUGAGAUACAUUGUUAUUAAUAUCCAGAAAGAUCUCAAGGAUAAUGUAAAAUAUAAUAAAUAAUAGCUGUGAAGACAGGAAAUAUCUUCUCAUACUUUAAACAAUUUAGGACUAUUAGUGAAAAUCAACAAAAGGGGACUCAUAAUAGGACCCAGGUAGAGAGUGGGGCAGAUAGUUAAAAGUUGGGUUGGCCGACUUUGGGAAAGGUGUAUUUCUCAGGUUUUACCUGGAAUCUGGACUCCCAUAACUCAGUUUCAUACUGAGGCCUUGGGUAGCCUCCUUCCUUAAAUGAGCCUGGGGCCAGACUCAGGUUCUCCUAUGAAGAUUUCCGUUAGUGCUAAGCCUCAGAACAGAAUAUAUGUAUUAUAAAUCUUCCUAUUGUUAAAAUAAUGGUAUGACUGCCAUACAUUGAGUAGAAUUCAUUAAGAUGAGAAGGAAAAUCCCAGACAUGAACAUAAAAUAUUUUAAAAAAGAAGGCACAUAAACAGAAACUAUAACAUGAAAGAAGAUGACAGAAUUAUGGCCGAUCAUAGUUUUAAAGUAAAUGUAAAGAUGAUGAAAUAAGAUAAUUUUUAAAAUUUCAAACUUUUAAAUAUAAGAAACAACAUAGAUAUCAGUAGAACACUUCUUCAGUAUGCUGAUUAGGAUAUGUAGCCAUCAACAUGAUACAAGAAUUACAUGUACUGUAUGUGCAAAAGUGUGGGUAUGCUAGUGGAAAGCAUCUGAAAGCUGUUAAUACUGUUCCCCCCCCCCCCCACCGUGGACUGGAACUGAGGGCUGGGAAAAAAGACUUAACUCUCUAGCCUCAUGCCAACCACCAAAUACUGUUUAGCUCUGAGUUUCCUUAGCUGGAGGGGCAGGAGAGUACUAAUGAUUUUAGUAUCCUAGAAAUACACAUUUACAUACACGUAUGAGUGUUUGUUUUGAAAAUUUUAUAUAGAAGAAAUACAUACAUUGUUCUGCACUUUGGCUUUUUUUUUUUAAUGUUUCUCAUAUUUGCUUGACUAUUUUCUGUCCCUCAGUAUAUGUUUCUCCCUUGACUAGUCUGAGAGCACCGUGCAGGCAUCAUACCCGUUACCGCUCAGCAUGGUGUGCGCUUCGCAAGGACGAGCAUGCCUAGUACAGUUGUCAAAAUCAGCAGUUUAACACUGACAACAACACUCCUGUCUACACUCCCUCUUCCAGUUCUUUUUGUUUAGUUUUUUGUUGUUGUUGUUACAGUAUCUUACCCAGGGUCAUAGGUGACUUUAUCAUCACUCCUUAGCUUCUCUUUGUGUUUUGUAGUAUGGAUGUGUUUGAAGAAUACAGGACAGUUAAGGCGUGGCACGUCCCUCGCUGUGGGUUUUUCCAGUGUUUCUUUGUGUUUAAGUUCAGGUUAUGCAGUGUGGGCUGAAAUGCUAUGAGAGAUGUGUCCCGCAGUGUCGCAUCCAGAGUCACAGAGCAUCCCUUUGUACCUUCAGGGAAUGCUCACUUAGAUGUUGCCAGUCAAUGUAGUUAUUGUCUUUCCUUUGCAAUUAGUGCUUAGUUUGUGAAGAAAAAUUUUUGAGACCAUGUCGAUACUCGAUUUCUCAUUAAACCUGCCCCUCAUAGAUUAGCACCCUUUGAUGAUUCUUAUCUGAAAAAAAUUUUACCAUGAUGUUUAUAAAAUUGUGAUUUUAUUAGUUGUCAUUCUGCUCUAAGGAAGCAGUAUCCCUUUAUCAAUAUAGAAUAAAUGUUUUU